ACAGGUAGGAGGAAGGAGGCGGCAGAGCUGCACGUCGCCCAGUCAGUCUGUCAGUCAGCCUGUCUGCUGGAGUUAGUUUACAGUGAGGAGAUGAAGAUGACACCAAUCUGAGACUCUUCACACCACACCAACCGGUUCCAUCGGACAGAACCCGCCAGAAAUGAACACAACUUCCUCCGGACCGUAGCGGCGCACACCUUCAUUUCCCGGUCUUGUUUGAGUUGGACGUGUAGCUGGACGCGUGUGGACUGAGAUGAGGUGCCCCCGUUAUGGCCCAUUUCUACCAACAGUGCUGGCCCUCUGCGGGUGUAUGUUACUGUUGAACACCUGGCGCUCUGUUCGACCAGAAACGGAAGCGGUUGAUCUGCAAAUAGUCUAUGAGAGACUGGUGAGAGCUGAACAGCGUGGAGAGGCCUUGACCUACAAACUGCUUCAGGUACUGGAGAACCUGCAGAACGUGAGCUUCUCCUCUAAUCUCACCUCCAACGGCUCCGUGGCUAAAUUGCCCCAGGGUAUUUUCCCUGUACAGCCCAACGCUUACCUUUACCUGCCUCACCUGAGAAAACACCCAAACAGCCUGAAGCCCAUUAUCCACCUGGGCCAGGGGCGCGCUGGAGUGUCCCUAGUAUUUGCCAUACCCACUGUACGCAGAGAGAAGCAAAGUUACCUGGUAAACACAGUGAGUUCUCUGCUCUUUGACCUCACACCUGAGCAGAAGUUGGACAUUGUCAUCAUCAUCUUUGUUGCUGAGACUGAUGACGCAUUUGUGAGCAGUGUUUCAGAAAGUAUUAAGAAGAAUUUUCCAGAAGAUGUGAGUUCCGGCCUGGUUGAAGUCAUCUCCCCUUCUCCAUACUACUACCCAAACUUCACCAACCUGAAGGAGACCUUCGGAGACUCCAAAGAAAGAGUCAAAUGGAGGACCAAGCAGAACCUGGACUACAGCUUCCUGAUGCUGUAUGCCCAACAGAAGGGCAUUUAUUACGUUCAGUUGGAGGAUGAUAUUGUGGCAAAGUCAGGAUAUCAUGAGACUAUAAAUAAGUAUGUCCAGGAGGUGGUCACUGAGCGCUGGCUCUACCUGGAGUUCUCUCAACUGGGCUUCAUUGGUAAGCUUUUCCGAGCUGCAGAUCUGCCGAAGAUUGUGGAGUUUAUUUUGAUGUUUCACAAAGACAAGCCCAUCGACUGGCUGCUGGAUCACAUCCUCUGGGUGAAAGUGUGUAACCCGGAGAAGGACAGCAAACAUUGCAGUUUAGAGAAAGCCAAAAUGAAGCGCACUUUCAAGCCCUCAAUGUUUCAGCAUGUGGGUGUGCACUCUUCCCUCCCUGGGAAAAUACAGAACCUGAAGGAUAAAGACUUUGGAAAGCAGGUUCUGUUCAAGGCCCACCCCAACCCUGAUGCUGUUGUUAUCAGCAGCUUGAAGGAUUAUCAAGGUCACUCUGUGGAGAAGGCUUACCUCGGACAGGACUUCUUCUGGGGUCUCACUCCUAUCAAAGGGGAUUACAUCCUCAUCACCUUCACAAAACCUCAGAUCAUUAAAGGGUACCUGUUCAGGACUGGAAGUAUUGAGACGAAUGGAGAUAAGUUCUACAACACCACGGUGGAGGUGCUACCCAGUGACACCUCAGUGAGCGGGCGGGUACAGAGAGGGGAGCUGCCAUGCUGUAGACCGUCCUCUGAAGGCUUUGUGGUGAUAGGUUCCUUUGUGAAUGGAAUAGCAGAGGGAGAAAUUGACAGUGCUCUUCUGGAGAUAGCUGCCUUACGUCUAGUCGUUCAUUCAGACUCCGAUGUCUGGGUCAUUUUGAGUGAGGUUUUCAUUAAAGUUUGAUCAGCGGUGAAGUGUGGAGGAAUCAUCAAGCAGGAUCGACUCCUAUAGUAUAACAGCACCUCCUGCUGGUCGGGAACUGGUCACCUACUACUCUCCAGAGAUGCACAUCAUUCUCUUUGCAUUAUAUCUGGUUUUUCUGCACUUUGGACAGAUAGUGUGUGCAGGGAUCUGAAGACUGACCACUGAGUGUGUCUGAACAGUGAAAUUAAAUUAUUUUCAGAGUAAUUAUAACUCAGGAGCUGUGGUUUGGAAGAACAGGGUGAAAACUACUGAUUGAGUCACUGUACAACACUGGAAAAAGGGAGGUGUGGUGUUUUAAGAAGACCACUGGAAAUACAGAACUUUGGAUUAAGCCUGUCACAAUAAGUAUAUUAGGGACUUCACCCAAUAUAUGGGCCUGACCUUUUUUAUUAAUUAGUUUACAUGUAAAGUUUGUUGCCAGAUAAUCUCAUCUUAUUUGUUGUAUUUAAUCCCUGCACACUAGAAAGCAGUGUUUUACUCUGUCAUUAGAGCCCAUUGUUCUGAUUGGAUAAAAAGCAAUAUAUUGUAGUAUAUUGAAUCAUAAUCACUUUAAUGUGAUGCAUAUCGUAUCACCAAGUUCUUGCCAAUACACAGCCCUAUACUUAUAUAUAUAUCAGUAAUAUUAUUUAUUUAUUAAUGAUGAGACUAUAUAUUGCCCAAAAAAAAAUAGUUCUCGUGACAGGCCUACUUUUAACUAUAAGCAAAGUUGGUGAGUUUACAACAGGGCUUGGGUAAGGGCUGUGAACCAACUCUGACUUUAAACUACACACUGGACAACCCCAGAUUUUAUUUAUAUAAAAAAAUGCAAAUUACUCUUUAUAUUUGUUUUUUAUUAAGAGCAAUGCAUUGUUUUCUAGAGCCAAAGCAUCUAAUAUUGUUAUUAUUAUUUAAAUGGAAUUUAUUAUCAGAUUUAUUGACAUUGUAUGCCAAUUCAGUCAGUCUUACAAUAAAGCCCAAUAUGAAGCCAUAUGUCAUAUUUAUUUGAAAUAUGACAGUAAAUGAUUCCUAUGUAUUGACUUGCUUGACUUUGUUUCAUACACAAUAUAGACAAAAGUGAAGGGA